GGCACCCCGGCGGGGCUCCCGGCUCACCGGCCCUGGGCUCCCGGCUUCCAGAGUGGCCGGCACACAGCCGCACCAGCCCCCGUGUCCGUGUCCCCGCCAGAGAGGCCGCAGGGACCAGCACACCUGUCCUGGGGAGGGGGGAUGGAGGAGGGGGAGAAGAGCCCCCUGCUGUCCCAGGAUGCUGAGGGCCAGGAGCCACCAGUCCCUGUCAGCUGCCUGGGUCCCGCGAGCCAGGAAGGAUGGGCCUGGAGGGCAGGCCUCGGGGGAGGCCGGGCCCCCACCAUGCUCUCCCUCCCGCUGAGAAGCCGCUGCCUCCAGUGCCUGAUCUUUCUGUCCAACUUCCUCUUCUCUCUGCUCGGCCUGCUGGCCCUGGCCACCGGGCUCUGGGGCCUGGCCGUCAAGGGCUCUCUGGGGAGCAGCUGGGGGGGCCCCCUGCCUGCAGACCCCAUGCUGGGGCUGGUGCUGGGGGGGCUGGCGGUCAGUGCGGUGAGCCUGGCGGGCUGUCUGGGCGCCCUCUGUGAGAACGCCUGCCUGCUGCGCUGCUUCUCUGGGGGCCUCCUGGCCUUCCUGGUACUGGAGGCCCUGGCGGGGGCCCUGGUGGCGGCCCUCUGGGGCCCCCUGCAGGACGGCCUGGAGCGCGCACUGCGUGUGGCCAUCACCCACUACCAGGACGACCCUGACCUGUGCUUCCUCAUGGACCAAGUCCAGCUCGGGCUGCAGUGCUGUGGGGCGGCCUCCUACCAGGACUGGCAGCGGAACCUGUACUUUAACUGCAGCGCCCCGGGCGUCCAGGCCUGCAGCCUGCCCGCCUCCUGCUGCCUGGACCCCCGCGAGGAUGGAGCCUCCGUCAACGAACAGUGCGGCUUCGGGGCGCUGGGCCUGGAGGAGGACGCGGCUCGGAGGCUGGUGCACGUGCAGGGCUGCGGCGCGCCGCUCCGCCGGUGGCUGCGCGGGGCGGUGCGGGCGGCGGGCGGCGUGGCGAUCGCGGCGGCGCUAGUGCAGGGCGCGGAGCUGCUGGUGGCCGCGCACCUGCUGCGGGCCCUGGCCGGCCGCAAGGGGGCGGCGGGGAGCUGCGGACCCCGCGCCGGGGCCCUGUCCGCGCCAGUCUCCUGCUGACCUGGGGCUGUGGACGCGCGCCUCGGACACACGCCGCCUCCACCUGCUGCGCCUCUGCCCUAGGUGCCCACCCGCCGCCCGCCCGGUCCUGCUAACCUCAUGUCUGACACCCUCUGAGGGCAUCCUCAGAUCCUCACCCCCAACACCGCCAGCUGUGACCCCUGACCCCCCAGCCUCUCCCUCUAGAGGGCUUGUUUGGGGAGUACAUUCUC